GUUCAUUUACACAGCACAUAGUGAAAGUCGCGCAUUCUGGUGCCAUGCGCUUACCAUGGAGAGGUUUUAGUCGCGCGUUACAUCAAACUGAGCCAUUUGAAUCACAGUGCGCGCACGCGGAGGAACCGACGGUCAUUAACUUAAGCGAGCACGAUAUGAUGAGAUCAUUUUAAACGUUCAAGAUUGUCACCAGGAAAAGUAAAGGAUACAUUUUUACUCAUUUUCUGAGGAGUUUACGAUGUCGGGAUCUUUCUGUAGAAGUUUAUACGCCUUUAACGGAGAUCACGCGCAGGGCUUGAAGUUUGAAGCUGGUGAACUGAUCAAAAUAAUACAAGCUUUGGAAGGAGGAUGGUGGGAAGGCGAGAAGGACGGCGUACGAGGAUGGUUUCCAUCAACAUACGUACAAGUGGUCGAGAAAAUAGGCUCAUUGUGUCCUCUUGAUGAGCCGCUGCCCAGAGACUGGAAAUGCUACAUGUCUCCUCAGGGGCGGAGAUACUACGUCAACACCGUCAGCAAUGAAACAACUUGGGAGAAGCCAUCCAGUGUUCCUGGCACCCCCAAAACUCCAUUAAAACACAAAAAUUCCCUACCUACAGUGAAUGGAUUUCAUGGCAAUGGUAGCCCGUUGCAUCAGACCGAACAGUCACGUGUGGUAAUGCGAAAGUCAAGCACAGAACAACAGAGUCCUGUGUCUACAUCACCCACCAGGAAGCUGGAGCGGGAAACCACAAUAACAAUCAACAGUGUGACGUUCCCUCUUCCCCUGCACAUGUCUGAACAGCAGCUGCUCAAACCAGAUGAGUGGAGCUACUGUGAUUAUUUUUGGGCAGACAAAAAGGACCCACAGGGAAACGCCACCAUGUCAGGAUUUGAGGUUUUACUGCAAAAACAACUGAAGGGAAAACAGAUGCAGAAAGAGAUGGCUGACUUUGUGCGGGAGAGGAUCAAGAUCGAGGAGGAGUAUGCCAAGAAUCUGUCAAAGCUCUCUCAGAUCCCACUCGCAGCACAGGAGGAAGGCACACUUGGAGAAGCUUGGGCCCAGUUGAAGAAAAGCCUGGCGGAUGAAGCAGAAGUUCAUCUCAAGUUCUCCUCCAAGCUUCAGAGCGAGGUGGAAAAGCCUCUCUUGACAUUUCGGGAAAACUUUAAAAAAGACAUGAAAAAAGUGGACCACCAAAUGGCCGACGUCAGGAAGCAGCUAGCCAUUCGAUACUCUGCCGUAGAGAAGGCACGCAAAGCGCUCGCAGACCGGCAGAAAGACCUAGAGUUCAAAACCCAGCAGCUGGAGAUGAAGCUGAGCUCCAAGAUCGAGGAGGACAUAAAGAAAGCUCGCAGGAAAUCCACACAGGCAGGAGAUGACCUGAUGCGAUGUGUUGACCUCUAUAAUCAGUCCCAGUCCAAGUGGUUUGAAGAGAUGGUCACCACAAGUCUGGAGCUUGAAAGGUUGGAGGUGGAGCGUGUAGAGAUGAUCAGACAACACCUGCGUCAAUAUACGACGUUACGGCACGAGACAGACAUGUUUAACCAAAGCACUGUCGAGCCGGUGGACAAACUGCUUCAGAACGUGGACCCUGCCAGGGAUCGAGAGCUGUGGGUGAAGGAACACAAGACGGGAGAGGUGAGACCGGUGGACAUGGAGAUUUAAACCAGUGCAGCUUCUUCAGGGUCUUCAAUCAUCCAGGGGACAUUGGUCUGAAAGGCCAUAUGGAAGACAUGGCGUUUUUAAAGGAGAAACUGCUCACUGGACUAAGAGAAAGAGCGCCCUCUGUCAUUUGAUUGUUGCAACCUGGAGCUGAGAUUUGGCUUUCCAAAGGAACCUCUGCAGGGUGGAUACCAUAAUCCUCCCACAAAUUUGACCAAGUGAAACUUUUGAAAGGAGAAUAAAGAGAAUGUGUAAAUAUCGACUGAAAUUUGACUCAGGAGAACAGAUGCUAUGUAAUAAUCCAUAAAGUCGUUAUCUACUGUUGCAAUCAUAUCAUUAGUAUUUAAUCUUGAUUGUCAAGCAUAGUGAGUUUAUAAUGCUAUUUAAAUUUGUACUAAUAUAUAAAUGCUGCUGUUGUAAAAUGCAUACAGAUAUUACAGCUGUUUUAAAUGCAAUGAACUUAACAUGGCUUAUGGAUAACACAUUUGUCUUAGGUUCACCCUUUAGUAUGCAAAAUUAUGCAGGUACAUGAUAUGCAGUCCCAACAUCAAUAAUUUAUUAUUAAAGAGACAAAAUUGAAUAAAAAAAGGUAUUCA